UCUAUAUUUAGGUGCGAGUUGCGUCAUCACGCGUCAGCUGGCUUACCCAAGAUGGCGACGGGAAAGUAGUCAUCUCACGUUCCUCUUCCAAAUUGUUGCUAUUUUUCUGGAAAUUCCGCCUAUUUAAUCAGUAUAGAAGAAUUGAACAACUGAAUAAACCAUGAACUUCGAAGACCUACUAAAUAUCGCUGCUCAGAAGCAGAAGAAAGCCGAGAAAGAGCUGUCCGUUACAAAGAGAUACAGCACAGCUGCCAAACCUGCCCAGAAGAUCGUGAAGCCCAAACCCAAAGGUGUCCAGUCCGCUGCCAUCAGGGCACUCAUGGAGAAGAAACAUGAGGAGGAGAAAAAACGUGCUACUGAAGCCAAGAAGAGGAUGGACGAGGCUCAAGAUGUGCUCAGUAAGAAAAGAAAAAAGACAGAUGUCAUUAAGAGCUUGGCAAAUACCUCAUCUAAAUCAGAAAAAUCUCAGGAAAAAAAGACAAAAGAACCAAAGUAUGAAAGUGAAGAACAUAAAGCCAAACAUAUGCAAUUCAUGCAGAAAGUGUCAAAAUUAAAGACACCAAGAGAAGAUGUAGAAAAGAAAAGGACUGAUUUUAAAAAGCCACCCGAUAGGCCAGCUCCAAAGAAAAGAGCCCCUCCCCCUCCAUCUAAACCAAUGAGCUUCCACGAACUUAUGAAGAUGGCAGAAAAGAAGAAAGAUGAACCACUCCCUUUGCCAAAAAUCCAUGAGGAAUUGUUUGGAGCAGAUUCUGAUGAUGAAGAAGAAGAGGAAAAAGAAAAAGAAGAGCCCAGAUAUGUGUACCACAGUAAAGGGCGUUAUCUAGACACCAAAGACUCAGAACCUGGCAGCUCUAGUGUAAAAUCAAAAUCAAGAAAUCAGCAUGAUAAAUCAAGAAUUCAGAAUGAUAGAUCAAAGGGCUCAUUGUCCAAAGCAGACAAAUCAAAAUCAUCCAAUGGUACAUCUAAAUCUAGCAGCACCUCUCACGCAAGCAAAAGUGAUGCCUCAAAGAGACCUAGCUCAUCGACACACAAUGGCACAAACAAGUCAGCUACCCCCUCCAAACAACAUCCCACCAACAGGAGAGGGGACGCGCCAGACUCUGCCAAGUCAAGGUCACAGUCAGAAAGUGCCUCCAAACCCAAGUGUACUCUGGUGGUGGAAAGCCUCCCGUCACGUUUAACCACGGGCCCGCCACGCCAGCCUGCGUCCAGAAGAGGGUAUGAAGACAUGAGGAGAGGUAUGAAGAGACGAUAUGAUGACUCAGAAGAGGAGUCAGAUGACUUCAUUGAUGACUCAAACGAGGAUGUGGACUAUUCCAAGUAUAUCCGGGAGAUCUUUGGAUAUGACAAGAGAAAGUACCGUUACGAGAGUGAUCGUGAGAUUGCGAGUAUGGAGUCGAACUUUAGACAAGUCAUGCAGGAGGAGGCCAGAAGCGCCCGUCUGGCCAUACAGGAGGACGCAGAGGAGUUACGCAAGGCUGAGUAUGAGGAGAAGCGCAAACAGCACAGGUCAAAGGGCAAGCAGAGAAAGUAGUUCCACUCAACGAUGAAGUUCGCUAGUACCACUUGCAUCAGAAUGUGUAACCUUGAGUAUGAUGGAGAGAAAACUGUAAUAAUGUAUCUAAAGACUAAAUAUGGUAUAUCAUUUGCUUGCUCUGAUUAAAAGAUUAUCAAAACAGCAUGCACCAGGUUAAAGGCAUCUGAAUGCUGUCUAAUGUUUUGUCACAGUAUUCUAUCAUAUAUUGGAACAGGACAUAAAACAGCCUAGUAAUGUCCAUACACCAAACAUGUAUUUGGUUAAUUGUUGAAAUAUUUAUUGAAUAUAUGAAAAGCAUUCAUUGGAUGUCCACUAUUAUUGUUCAAUUUAGAUAUGCACUUUUGUUAUGCUUUUGCACUCUAUGCAUAUUGGAUUAUAAAAAGAAAGAAAGACUGUUACUUGUACAUUGUAUUUUUGUUUUUGUUGGUAGGGUAGUGGUUUGCUCUUGAACUUCUUAGGUUAUGACUACUUUUUGUUGCACACAGUGCAAUCAUACUUAGUUAUCUUACAGUUUUAGUACAUUUGUUUUAGAUUCCCCUUUUAAUCGAGCCACAUUAUGUCAAUGCUAAGAGGAUUAUUUUCUAUUGAAGAUUUUUCACUGUCAUACAACACCAAAAUUUGCUUACCUCGAAUUUUCAGUCGCACUUCCGUCGUCCUUCUUUAGGAGUGAUGAUUCAGUUACUCUGAUCACGAUAUGGAUUACAUUAACACAGAUGAGCUUUCAUGCUAGGAUUAUUCUGUGACUAUGUGAGAUAUAUAUUACCUUAUGUUGCUCUUCAUGUUAGAGACUAAAUAAUUUGUGUUACAAUACACUUCCCGGAAAUGUAGCCUUUUAAGUUAUUUCAAUAUGGCACUCAAUUGUGAAGCCUAGAAUAAUUGGAAAUAUUGUACUAUUUCAUCUAAUUGUUUCAUUUUAUGAAUUCUCGUAUGAUGCAUUAAAUGCUGAAAAGUCGU